AAGGGGCUCCCGGGCUGAGAGCAGAGCUUUAACUCUCCCAGUCCCAGAGAGCGACAAGGCGGGGGAGGAAAAACGCGGCCGGCCGGGGCCAAGAUGCCCACGGCACCCCCGCGCGGGCUGCCUCUGCCAUUAGGGAGACUCCGGACGCCUUGCACCCGGCCGGGGCAGUUGGGUGCGAAAGGUUAAGGUCAGAAGCUCGGGAAGCUGCUUGGGCCGCGAGUAGCAGCCGCCUCCCGCAGCCUCCGCGCGCCGCGGGCUCCUCCUCCCGCCCAAGCGUGGCCAAGUGAGGACUGCUCCGGCCGCAGGUAGCUGAGGCGCGGGAGGCGGCGCGCGCGGGACCCGAGUGGAGCGCCGGGGAGGGGCCGACGGACGCGCGGGCGGACGGACUCCCCAGCCUCCGGUCCCGGACGUUAGGCGAGGUCUGCGCGGGCCAUGUGGGGACCCGGGGUCACUGCUGAGGGCCUGUCGGUGGCUCCGGCGCCGCCGCCUCUGCUGCCGCUGCUGCUACUGCUGGCGCUGGCGCUGGUGGCGCCCUCGCGGGGCGGCGGGGGCUGCGCGGAGCUGGCGUGCGGCGAGCGGGAGCGCUGCUGCGACGCGACCAACGCCACGGCGGUGCGCUGCUGCAAGCUACCGCUGCACGCCUUCCUGGACAACGUGGGCUGGUUCGUCCGCAAGCUCUCCGGGCUGCUCAUCCUGCUGGUGCUCUUCGCCAUCGGCUAUUUCCUGCAGCGCAUCAUCUGCCCCAGUCCACGCAGGUACCCGCGCGGCCAGGCGCGCCCGGGACAGCGGCCCGGGCCUCCGGGGGACGCCGGACCGCUGGGGGGCGCGGGGCCGCCCGACGACGACGACGACUCUCCCGCUCUGCUGCGCGACGAGGCGGCAGCCGGCUCGCAGGACUCACUGCUGGACAGUGGCGGCGGCGGCCGGGGCCGGGGAGGCGGCGGGCGCUCGGACCCCUCCUGCGCCUCAGAGCACGAGCUGCGUGUAGUGUCGCCGGUCUUCCUGCAGCUGCCCAGCUACGAGGAGGUCAAGUAUCUGCCCACCUACGAGGAGUCCAUGCGGCUGCAGCAGCUCAGCCCCGGGGAGGUCGUGCUGCCAGUGUCGGUGCUCGGCCGCCCGCGAGGCGGGGUCGCCGCGGAGCCCGACGGCGGCGAGGGCCGCUUCCCCCUUAUCUGAGCGCUCGGGGAUCGGCGGCUGGUGCAGGGCUGGGGGCUGUGGGUGGCAAGCAACGGCCGGGGUGCCGCCGCCAACUGCCUCAGACCUUAUCUGGCACCCUGGCCUAACUGCCCGGCACCCCGCGACUGGGUUGGGGUCACUCGUCUCCCUCGCGUUCUCCUGGGAUCUUAUGUUUCUCUGCGUUACAUUCCGUUCAAAGAAACGUGGGGCACGCGCGGCGGGUGCGGCUGCAGCAGGCGACCCUCCACCGCACCUUCGAAGGACGUCCCUGCCCUCUGCCUUGCCUCGUAUUGUGAUUCACUAGUAAGUGCCUGCUUCCCGAGUCAAAGAGAACACGUGAGCCCUUUGGUGCGUCGAGAGAAGGGCGGUCUUCUUUAGGGCUGAAGAGAAAGGAGCGCAGUUCCACUCCUUUCCCUACCUGCCGCCUGGACAGGUCUCCCAGGGUGGGCAGAGGGCGAGGAGCCGUUGAGGACCAGCCGCGACCGGGGACUGCUGCAUGUGGGUGUGGGAGAGCGCCACUCGGUUAUGAUGAAAUCGCUCCCAUGCGGCAGGCCCCCCAAAAUCCCUCGGUGUCUUCCUGAUCGAGCAAAUAGUCACAGCUGGUGUUUCACAAUUAGGUGGAGUGCGGGGAGUGGGCUAGGGGGGACACCGGUGAUACAAGGUUAGCUGCUGUACCUACUCAGGGCACAGCAACCAUGUAUAUCCAUUCGGCUGGACUUCUGAUUGUUCAAUAACUGAGAAGGUAUUUAUAUUUAUUUGUCUUUUAUUCUAAUAUUUUUACCAUGCAUUGAACGCAACAGGAGGGUAUUUCAGCAAAUUCACGACAAGGUAAUCGUCUUAUCACUUUUUGUACUCCAUUAAUGGUCAGGAAAUUGCCCAUACUCUGUCAUUUUUGUUUAAUAGUUCAUUAAAUUAUUUCAUUAAAGAAGAAAAACAAGUAUGGUCAAACGAGGAAGCAUAUGUGACAUAAAAAACAUGAAGGAUAUCUUAUUUUCACUAUUUGGGAAGAAUAUAUUUUAUUUUUAGUACUGUGGCAUAAUAUAUAACUUUUUAUAAUAAUAACUGUAUGCAUUAUGUAGUAUAGCUCUUAAUUGUAUCAUUCAUCACAUAGUUAUAUGUAAAAAUAAUUGACAUGUGUAUGCCAUACCAUGAAGCAUAUGAUGUUGUGCACUUUCUCCUCCAUUUUUCAUUUGGAAUACAUUCCACAACAUGAUCCAAAACAUAAGAACUUAUGACUUGUAACUUUUGUUUAAAGCCAUUAAUUGUGCAGUAAUGUGCUACAGAAGGAUUCAAUCAGCUUCUCAUAAGAAACAAGUGUCAUUGUAUCAGUUUCCUGUUCUGUGACACGCCCUUUAAAAGUAAAAGAUAAUAUAACAUAUUUGAAUACAUUGUGUGUAAUGUACAUAUGCAUAUUGUCUAUGUACUAUAUACACAUUGUUUAUAAUAUUGUUAUUACAGUUUGUCAUUCACCUGAAAGGAGAAGGAAAAAUAUGAAAGGUUUCUCUGCUUGGGAAAAGGUGAAUGUUGUUAUUAUCAAGAACGAUUACACACAUGGAUCUCAUACGUGUUCUUAGAACGUUGUUCUUCUGAUUGAAGAAGUCUGACGCUCCUGAAAAAUCUUAAAAUAUCUGAUUUGUAUUGAAGAAAAUUAUUUGAUUAAACUUUUAAAGGCUGGUUGAAAAAGUCUGACAGUUCUGAGAAUUUUUUAAAUGUCUGAAUUGUAAUAAAAGAAAAUGGUUUACUUUAAACUUCUAAAAACUAAUGACCUUGUGACUAAAGAAAAAUCAUUUGAAGUGUAUUAAAAAAUAGCAAAACAUUAAAAUCUUUUCUCUGUGCAAAUUUUA